UCAUUGGCUGGAUUUGAACACUAAACGUUGACUCCCUCAUCAGGUGACCCUCACAUUCUUGCAUUUAAUAAAGUCACAGCAGAGGGAUGUAUCACUAGUCUCCACCUUGCUCCUGAAGGACAUUUCUACAUUUGUAAAGCAGGUCCUGCAAUUGUGACAGAAUCUUCUGAGACAUCUGUGGCAAUCGAAGUAGUAUUAUGGCUGCAGGAAUCAAAGAGUCAUCAUCAACUGUACAUGAUUUAAUCCAGAAGAGUACAUUAAUCAGUGAAGGUCCACCUGCACGAUAUCGUCUCCUCACAACCAGAAGUGAUCUUUAUGAAGACGGAUCAGUGAGAAAAUGGACAUUUGGACAGAGAGACAUCAAUAUGCAAAACAAAAUUGUACUGAUAAUAGGAGAAACUGGAGCAGGCAAAAGUACUCUGAUUAAUGCCAUGUCUAAUUAUAUACUCGGGGUGAAGUUUACAGAUGAAAAGUGGUUUGAGAUUACAGAGGAGGGAGGACAGAAUCAGUCAGUUAGUCAAACAACUGAAAUCACCGUGUACGAGGUGUUUAACCAGAACAAUCCAAUCUGUCUGACCAUCAUUGACACUCCAGGUUAUGGAGACACCAGGGGAACAGACUAUGACAAACAGAUCGCUGAGAAUCUGUACAAACUGUUUCACAGUGAUGGUGGAGUGAAAGAAAUUGAUGCAGUGUGUCUGGUAGUGAAGGCAUCUGAGAACCGACUCUCUGACCGACAGCACUACAUCUUUGAUGCAGUUUUGUCUUUAUUUGGUAAAGACAUAGAGAACAACAUUGUGAUGUUUAUCACUCACUCAGAUGGACUGCCUCCAACAAAUGCUCUUAAUGCCAUCAAGAAAGCAGGGAUUCCUUGCAGUAAAGAUGAAGAUAAUGAACCUGAGUAUUUCUUAUUUAACAAUUGUCAAACUAAGGAAAGGAGCAAAAAGUAUAAUAGAGCUCUCCAAACAGCUUGGAAACAAACAGAGGACAGUCUUAAUGAUUUCUUUGCCUCACUGAAAGAACAGGACAGAAAAAGCUUAAUGAAGACUAAAAGUGCUAUGAAAGAGUCCAUGCGACUUGAAGCCUGUAUGUUAAAUCUACAAGCCCGUAUUGAGUUUAUAGAGUGUAAGAGUAAAGAACUGACUCAGAUACAGAAAGCUCUUGAGGAAAACAGAGAAAAGAUCAAGACAAAUGAAAACUUUACUUUCACAGUCACAAAGAGUUACCAAGAAAAAGUUACCAUUGAAAAUGCUUCAUGGUGGGACAGAAAUGCCACCAGUUUUUCUGUCUGUGAGGAGAACUGUCAUGAGCUUGGCUGCUGGUUUGCUCUUACUGCCUAUUAUUGUGAAGUCAUGAAAAAUGACCACUGCACUUCAUGUACACGUAAAUGUCACUACAGUAAACAUGUCAAAGAGGACAAGAAAUAUGUUAAAAAGAGCAAAGAGACUGUAGUAAGUUUUGCUGAAAUUAAAAAGCAAUAUGAAGAUUGCAAUAAAUCAGAAUCAGACACCAAGGUUGAUUCAAAGGCCUUUAAAAAUGUUGAAGAAAAACUUGCAGACAACAUGAAAGAGAAAGAAAAACAGAUAAACAUAGAGGAGAAACUGAAGGAAGAAAUUAGUGAGAAAGAAAAGGAAAAAGCUGAGCUGGAGGAAGAAGCUUAUAACACCAUCCUGAAACUGUAUGAGAUUGCUUUAAAGCCAGACUCUGCUUUUAUUGUUCAGUCUCUUGACUUCUUGAUCCCUCGAGCUGAGGAAACUGGACGAGAAGAUCUUACUCGGAGAUUAAGAGAGCUGAGGAAGAUUCAGCCUGAAGCAGAGGAAAGAGUUAAUGCUGCAAUGGGAUAUGCAAAAGCAGGUCUAACUAAAGUGAAAAAUUAUUUUAGUGGUAAAUAAAAGAAUUCAGGAGACUAAAUAUAGCCAUAGAAUACAGAUAUUACAUUAAUGCAUAUCUUACAUUACAUAUUAUACAGAUAUUACAUUACAUAUGAUAAAAAAUGAACAUGUCUACAUCAAGUAUGCAUUUAUUGUUCAGUUAAUAAACUGCAUUGUGUUUAUUCAGUAAUGAUAAUGUUCAAGAUUUAACAUUGUACUUUGUUGACAAGCCAUAAUGAUGGAGUUUAAAGUACAACAGUGGAACAUAUACACAUGUAAAUCUGUACUGUUCAUAGAUAGAUAUUCAUUUCUUUAAAAUUCAUGGAAUCUGUUAAUCUGACUUCAUCAUUAAAUAUCUGAUAACUGCA